CCAGAGCUUCCGCUCCGCGUUCCCACAAUGCAGUGCGGCUGAGCGCCUUCGAGCCCGCGGAACGCUGCGGGGGACCUGGGCUGGGGCGGCGGCGGCAGCGGCGACGUGGGCUGCGGCGGGCCCGCGGCGUCGGGCUGGGCGAAUGUCGGGCUGGGCGGACGAGCGCGGCGGCGAGGGCGACGGGCGCAUCUACGUGGGGAACCUUCCGACCGACGUGCGCGAGAAGGACCUGGAAGACCUGUUUUACAAGUACGGCCGCAUCCGCGAGAUCGAGCUCAAGAACCGGCACGGCCUCGUGCCCUUCGCCUUCGUGCGCUUCGAGGAUCCCCGAGAUGCUGAAGAUGCAAUUUAUGGAAGGAAUGGUUAUGAUUAUGGCCAGUGUCGACUUCGUGUGGAGUUUCCCCGGACCUACGGAGGUCGGGGUGGGUGGCCCCGUGGUGGGAGGAAUGGGCCUCCUACCAGAAGAUCUGAUUUCCGAGUUCUUGUUUCAGGACUUCCUCCAUCAGGCAGCUGGCAGGACCUGAAGGAUCACAUGCGAGAAGCUGGGGAUGUCUGUUAUGCAGAUGUGCAGAAAGAUGGAAUGGGGAUGGUUGAAUAUCUCCGAAAAGAAGAUAUGGAAUAUGCCCUGCGUAAACUGGAUGACACCAAAUUCCGCUCUCAUGAGGGUGAAACAUCUUACAUCCGAGUUUAUCCAGAGAGAAGCACCAGCUAUGGCUAUUCACGGUCUCGGUCUGGGUCUAGGGGCCGUGACUCUCCAUACCAAAGCAGGGGUUCCCCACACUACUACUCUCCUUUCAGGCCCUACUGAAACAACAGGCGAUGGGAAUUUGUUCUUUAUUUUUUAGUGUGAACUGAGCUGCUUUGUGCUCAGAAUCUACAUUCCAGAUUGAUGAUUUAGUGUCUUAGGAAAUUUUUUUAAUUUUUUUUUUUUUUUUUUUUUUUAAGGAAAAAUAAAAGCAAAAAAACUACAUCAUUUCUACCAGGGCCAUAAUAGCAGUGAAACAUUGUAAACUGCUGAAAUUGUGGUUUUGGUUCAGAAACAAGUUGUCUAUUUUUCACCCCUAAUAAUGGGAAGGAAAUCAGUGCUGGGUCUUUGUGUGGGUUGCUCUACUAUGGAGAUCAGCAGUGACUGAGGGACUUGGCCCGUUCUGUUUAGAAAUAUAUUUUAAACGUUUAGUAAU